AUGGAUACUGCGCCCGUGUUUCAGUCUAGCUUCUCCAUACGCUCGCUGCUCUCCAGCACGCAUCUGGAAGAGGAGCAGCGGCAGCAGGUCGACGUGGAGGUGGAAGCCAAAGAGGAGUCACACAAAUAUUAUAUUAGCUCCAGCCCGAGCGAUUCCUCCAGCAGCAGCAGCAGCAGCAGCAGCAGCGGCAGCAGCAGCAACAGCAUGUCGGAUGCGAAGCCCGCAUUUACGUAUAGCGCUUUAAUUGUGAUGGCCAUAAGGAGGAGUCCAGAGAAACGAUUGACAUUGAGCGGCAUCUGCAAGUGGAUAGCCGAUAAUUUUCCCUACUAUCAGAAUCACAAGAGCGUCUGGCAGAACUCCAUACGGCACAAUCUGAGCUUGAAUCCGUGCUUUGUGCGUGUGCCGCGCGCCCUCGACGACCCCGGACGCGGUCAUUACUGGGCACUGGAUCCGUAUGCCGAGGAUCUGACCAUUGGCGAGACAACGGGCCGUUUGCGUCGCAGCAACAGCUCACUAUUGAGCCGCAAUAAGGCAGUGGCUCAUGGCAAGAGCCAUGGCUAUGCGCAUCCUUAUCAGCAGCUGACCAGCAAUCCAGCUGCGGCGGCUGUGCUCUAUGCGCAGCUCUUCAAGCCGCACGCUGCCUACUUUCCCAUCGUGCCAGAGCCAGCACAGCCGCAGCAUCCAAUCAUGAUGCAGAGCGGCCAGCAUCCGAUUGGAGCUGGCAUGGGCGGUAUAUGCAAGUCCGAUGAGAGCGAAAAAGUGCGAAAGAGCGGAGUAGAUAGCGCUUGA